GAAUGCGGCGCUGCAAGGAGGCAGACCCCGAGACUUGAGCCCCCCUUUUUGACACGAAAAUAAGUCUUAAUUCGUCCCUCACCUGCGUCUUCAGAGGAUAAGCAUUCAGAGCUGACUCUGUAGGAACACGGAGGUGAAAGAGCUACCAUGCCUUUACAAGUCUCGUUUCAAUACAGGAGUCACAAGAAAAGAAAAGUUAAACUAUCCUCUGUGUAGAGAGAGCAGGAAGAAGAGACUUGGUUCACAUCACAAGUAACGGUGCUGGGAUUGGCAAGCCUGUUGAGGUUGCCAUGACAUGAUGCAGUGACUGUCUGGCUGGUAGAUGCCUGAAGGCUGUCAAUGCAUGGUGUUCCUGAAGAAAGCCUUUUAGGAGAAGUGUAGUGGUGUUAUCUGCACACCAACGUGAGAGCCACACCCUGUGUCCUUAUCUCUGAUCUCCUGCCAAGGGAGACAGCAGUUGCUGCACGCUCUUCACCUGACCCCCCCACCCCAUCCUCAUCGCCACAAUGGUGCUGUCACAGAGGCAACGUGACGAGCUAAACCGAGCAAUAGCUGAUUACCUACGUUCCAAUGGAUAUGAAGAGGCAUAUUCAGUUUUCAAAAAGGAGGCGGAAUUAGACAUGAAUGAGGAAUUGGAUAAGAAGUAUGCAGGCCUUUUGGAAAAGAAAUGGACUUCUGUCAUCAGAUUACAGAAAAAGGUGAUGGAAUUAGAAUCUAAACUGAAUGAGGCAAAAGAAGAGAUUACUUUAGGUGGGCCAAUUGGACAGAAGCGAGACCCCAAAGAAUGGAUCCCCCGUCCCCCUGAGCGAUACGCCCUGAGUGGCCACAGGAGUCCUGUCACCAGAGUCAUUUUCCAUCCUGUCUUCAGUGUCAUAGUCUCUGCCUCAGAGGAUGCAACAAUAAAGGUAUGGGACUAUGAAACGGGCGACUUUGAGCGCACCCUUAAGGGCCACACAGACUCUGUGCAGGACAUCUCCUUUGACCUUACUGGAAAGCUGUUAGCCUCCUGUUCAGCAGACAUGACCAUAAAGCUUUGGGACUUCCAGGGCUUCGAGUGUAUCAGGACAAUGCACGGACAUGACCAUAAUGUUUCAUCUGUAGCUAUUAUGCCCAAUGGAGAUCAUAUAGUUUCAGCCUCAAGGGAUAAAACCAUUAAAAUGUGGGAGGUGGCCACUGGGUAUUGUGUGAAGACGUUCACUGGCCACAGAGAGUGGGUGCGCAUGGUGCGGCCCAACCAGGAUGGGACCCUGAUUGCCAGUAGUUCUAAUGACCAGACGGUGCGCGUUUGGGUGGUGGCCACAAAAGAAUGCAAGGCUGAGCUGCGGGAGCAUGAACAUGUGGUGGAGUGCAUUUCUUGGGCCCCUGAAAGUGCCCAUCCCACCAUUCUAGAAGCGACUGGCUCAGAGACUAAGAAGAGUGGUAAACCUGGACCUUUCCUGCUGUCUGGUUCCAGAGACAAGACUAUCAAGAUGUGGGAUGUGAGCACAGGGAUGUGCCUUAUGACACUGGUUGGCCAUGAUAAUUGGGUGCGUGGGAUUCUUGUGCACCCUGGUGGAAAGUUCAUUGUGAGCUGUGCUGAUGACAAAACGUUAAGGAUCUGGGACUACAAAAACAAGCGCUGCAUGAAGACCUUGAGUGCCCAUGAACAUUUUGUUACCUCUCUGGAUUUCCAUAAGUCUGCUCCGUACGUCGUCACCGGCAGUGUAGAUCAAACAGUAAAAGUGUGGGAGUGUCGCUGAACGUACCUCCAGGACCCUUCACAACACCUCCAUGCUCCCCUCCACACCCUCCUGACCCAUUCCACCCCCCUCAGCUUCCUCCUGCUCUUCUGAAUGCACUCAAACACCAUGGUUAUCACCCACCAAGCUCUGGUUCAAUAACAUGUCCUUUUAUGUAAAUUUUUCUGGAUGUAGAGCUAUUAAACGAAAAAAGGUAUUCUUGCAUGGUGAAUCCAAAACUGUAUACUGUAAAUUUACAUAAUGUUGUCUAGAAGUACCUUAGGUUUAACACAGGCUGAUCUUUCACUCAGCCCGACCUACCGAAGACAGAAGCUGACUGGGUUAAUGUAGGGCUUACUGAUAAUUUAAUGACAGUGUCAUUUAUUAUUUGUCUGAUUUAUUUGUCUUUUUUUUUUUCUUUUUUUUCUCCUCUCCACUGUCUUAGUCUGUUUGUGCCUAGCUCUGAGACCUUUCAUGGGGCAAAGGCUACAGAAAUGACAUAUAAAGCUUAGGUGGAGAGUUGAUCUAUGGGGCUUGUUAUCAGAACUAUUCUGUAGCUUUGUUACAUCACUUCUUGAGUGUAUUUACCGUAAUCUUAUUGUGGAUUUAGAUAACAUAUAAUGGUUGCAUCCAUUAUAAGAACGUUUCAAAAGUUUUGUCUUGUAACCUUUGGGAAUAAAUCUUUGUACACUUGUCAUGACACGUCCCACUGAGAAGUACAAUCCCAGAGACAUGACUUUACACUGUAAGAGAGAAUUUUGCUUAAAUAUAUGAGUCGAUAUGUAUGAAGCUCCUGCAUCCAAAAAAAGCCAUGCUGCAUAGUGGGCAGCAAGAGUUUUCCUUAUUUGCUCAAAAUCAGAGGUGGACAUAGCUUUAGUAAAGAUUUUGACUUUGAUGGUUAUCUGUCACUCAGGAGCACUUCAAACUUAAGCACCAGAAAUUAUUCCUCUACGAAGCACUUGAUUUGGCUAUUGAGAGUUGUUGUUAUUGUUAACACAGCACCAAUGAGCAAGGAUUUUUAUCCAGUUGAAGACAUCCUGAUUCUUCCUUGUUUUGAUCAGUUUUUGAUUUGAUUUUGGUUGUAUUCUGCAAUGAUCAUGUUAGCUGGAUGAUUAAUUAUGCUAACAUGAUUAAUAGUAAUCAGGAAAGACAUUUGACACUGAAAUCACAAACCCUCAGUUUGGACCUAAGAUACAAAGCAUGACAAGGGCUCAAAGUUUCCUCCAUUAGGGGAUGUGCAAAAUCUGUCUUAAAAGAGUGGGUCAAAGAUUUCCAUGGUGAAAAAAAUUUAAUGAUGGCAACUUCUUGGGUUAAGAUGAAAUUAAAACAACACAUGAUACUGUGGGAAGCUAGAUCUUCUAAUAAACUUACGAGUUAAUGAGGAGCUAAAAACUAAUGAAAGGCUUGCUUCUGCCUGUUCUUUCUGUGAAGAGGCCUGUUGGUGACUUCUUUUGUAAAGGGAUAUUCAUGCUGUGGGCCAUAGAAGAAGCUCUUUGUGAGAACAUGUCUGUUUCUAAAAAGUAUGAAUGCUAGAGGUCCUGUGAACAUCCCUAAAAUCAAGCACCACAGGUGCUCAAGCCAUUAUUUAAGUCUGAUGAGUGGCACAUUCUCUGCUAUUCUGUUAAUAAAAGUACAAAUAAAUACACAAUGGGAAAUUAUUUGAUAAGUCCCAAUACAUGGAGAUAAACUAUUCCAUAUCUUUUAAGGAAAAAAAAUUGCCUUCGGCUUUGUGGAAAGACAAAAGCAAUUAAAUUAACUUGAACAUCCCUCCUAUUGUUGGAUCUUUGGUCCCAUCAGACUGAAGGUCCAAGUAAUGUAAGACUUGUUAAAAAAUGCAUAAACAGAUAUCAUUUUAAUUAGCUUUUUCAUUCCAAUGCAAUUAUAUAAUAAUAAAGAAUUUCACUGCUUAACCAUGCUAUUAUCAAGCGAUUUCCUGUUGUGCGUACUGGAUGUACCUGCUGCUGCUGAAAAUCUGAUAGAGACUAGACUGGUCUGUACCUGUGGACAACUGGAUGUACAGUAGCACUGCUGCAUGUAAUCGUACUAAGGAAUGAGCUGUCUGGUGGGGCACCAUUGGCCACAUUUGAUCUUUAACCGUGCAGAAACAUGUUUUAAAGGGAUAGUUCACCCCCCCCCCCCCCACAGGAAUACAAAAGAAAAUGUUUAGGAGUAAGGCUAACACUGCCUUACAUCUCCUAUUAUGUUCCACGGAAGAGACAGUUACACAGGUUCUGAACAAUUUGAGGUUGACUUUAUGACAGAAUUUUAAUUUUUGGGUGAACAAUCCCUUUAACAGGGGACAAACAACCAAAUUGGUAUCUUGGACAAUAAAAAUAAGGAUGUGAUUUGUCACCUGUGAUUUGAAAUAGUAAAAAUAUGCAUUAAGAAUUGCGCCUUAAUGGUUUUAUGGAGACAGACAGACACCCAACCAGAUAGGUCAACAGACAUGCUAACUGUGGACAUGUUCAUUAUGUGGUUUGUGCUUGUAUGAAGACAUUGACUGUUGUUUUUGCUAUGGGAUUGUGGCAGACUGAGCAACCCAAGGGAAAAGUGGCCAACACAAGCAAACACUGUUGAUGCCUCCACCUCCUAUUGUUUCUUGAUUUUGAUGCUGUUGGAGAAGACUGACAGUGCUUCAAUCACUUAUUGAACUUAUAGGCUUCAGUGUGUUAUAGAGCAAAGAGAUUCAAUAGAUGGUUGAAACAUAAGGAAAAAGUAACUGUGGCAAGAAAAUGACAAAAUCUCAUUAUUUGUAUUGUACACACAUUCACAGUGUCCAGAGCUGAUUGUCCCCAUCUGAAGAAAUCUAUGAAAAGUGGUACUCCCUUGUCAUUGGCUUUUUUCAAGACACCUGGGGCCAAAGGUGUGAUACUAAGGACUACCUGAAGAUUGGAAUCGCUUCUAAAAGAGAUUAGCAUUUCUUGGUUUGACAAGAAAAAUGAGAACCACACAGAUGGCGAGUCCUGUUUUUGUAUGCCAGAAGAGUCCUGUUUUUGUAUGCCAGAAGACAUAAAGUUGGUCCCAAGCAAUCCCACUGCUUCACACAUUGGAUGGGUUAAUGUACAGACAGACAUGUGAAGCUGUCUGUAGGUCCGUCCUCCAGCCACAGAUCUGUUAUCAGCUUUAAUUUGUGAAUAGAUUGGAGGCUUCAGACUUCGCAGCUUGAAUGGGACUCUUUGCUUUUUAUGGUAUCACUCUUCACACAGCCAAUUGUUAACAAUAUAUCUGGAUGUUAUUAUUGUUUGCAACAUAAUUAAAGUAAAAAAUUUGAA